AUGGAUAAAACUGCUGCAAGAUUUCUGAAAAUUUCAAAAAGAUUUGGUCGUGGAGAGACAUCUGUUCAUCUUAUUAGAACAUUCAUUAAGUUAAAUGAUACUAGGAAAGCUGCAAAAUGGCUUUCACAAGAAACAAAUUCAACUCUUGCGAUCUUGGAACAAGUUAAAUUUAUAUUAGAAGGAAGAUUAGUAAAAAGGAACUACACAAUACUUCUUUCUAAGUUAAAGAAGCUUCCUAAACAUCUUGUGGUUUUCCUUCUUCCAAAUAUUGCUUAUAGAGUUGGUUAUGAUCUCAUUUAUAACACGAAAGAAGCUCUUUAUUUCUUAGACCAUGCAAUUGGACAUGAUUUAAUUGCCUUUAUUGUACUUUUUACUGUUUUAACGAUAUUGUUACGAUAUCGAUUGAAGAUCGUAAUAGAUUUAUCUAAUCAUGAUUGA